UAGAUAUACACUAGCACAAAAGGACUUCAGGAAACUAAAACAAAGGCCAUGGGUCAAAACGUCAAAAAGAAGAUCACGGCGGCGCAGCUGCCGGAGGAGCUGAUCCGGGAGGAGAUCCUUACACGACUCCCGAUAAAGUCGGCGGUGCGUUUCAAAAUCGUAUCUAAAUCAUGGCUCUCUCUAUUUUCCGACCCUAAUUUCGUGAAAAAGCAUCUCAAAUACAACUCUUCUCAAAACCCUAAUGACUACGACUGUCUGGUGGCUGCUAAACACAGCAGAAUCGUCGUUCUCUCUCGCUACAAAGAAACGUUUGUGCUGCCUUCCGAUAAUUACGAGAUGGUUGGUUCUGUUCAGGGCUUAAUUUGUCUCCGUCGCGACAAAAAGUUGUCGUUAUGGAACCCUGCUAUUCAUCAGUCCAGGGAGUUCACUCUUCCGACAGAACAUCUUGAACGUCAUGGUGAUCUGAGCCGCAUCGGACUCGGUUUCGAUCAUACAUGUAAUGAUUACAAGGUGGUUGUCUGCUAUGUGUCGGGUGAUUCUCGGUAUGGUUGUGUUUACUCGGGGAAUUCUGAUUCGUGGAGCGAUGUGUUUGUUCCUGAUAAUGUGUUUUUCAGAACUAAAAAAAAGGACUGGGAGAAGCAUGGACCCGAAAUUAUUGUUAAGGACUGUCCUCAUUGGACAUGCCGCACGUAUCUGUCUAAUAAUGGGUUUGUUCGAUCUGUGAUUGUCGUGAAGUUUGAGAUGGGGAGUAAUGAAUUUAAGUUGUUGCCGGAGUUUAAGUUUGAUGCAAGUGAACAGAAUCGGGAACGUGGCAAGCACUUUGCACUUGUAACUAUGAAUGAUUGUCUUACUUUGAUGGCGUAUAAGCCGUCUAAAGAGAGUGUUGUGGAUGUUUAUUCAUUGGACGAGGAGGGUUCGUUUGUUUGGAGUAAAAUGUAUAGUGUUGGACCUCUUGAUCUUUAUACCCAUUAUUUGGACUUAACACAGGGUUUUAGGCAUGGGGGAGAGUUUGUAUGUCAUAGUUGCGGAAAUUUUGUCUGCUAUGAUCCCAAAAAAAAAACAGUCAAGCGACUUGCUGGUACUACUUCUCAUAUGAAUCUGGGAAGCUGCUUUACAUAUGUGCCUAGUUUGGUUUACCUUCAAGGAAUGAAGACUGUUCAUGUGCAAACCCAAGCUCGUAUAUCUGCCGCAACUUUAAAGACUAGGAAAUGAAAUAAUAGUCCGACCUCAGAAUCUUUUGAGAAUCCAUCCAGUGUCUGCUCUAUCCUAUUGGCAACAACUUGUUGAAUAUGCAUUGUCUCAAAAGAAUGCAGUCACCAGGGCUCAUCAUAUUUGGAGAGAAAUAAACUCGCGGCUUCAGGACAGAGCCUUGCGUGAUCCCACGGCUUUAUGGGUAAAAGAGUAUUGCUUGAUCAGGCCAAGUCAUUAAUGCUAACUUGGUUGAUGCUAGGAGCUCAUUUACUUGUACUAUUUGAUACCCUUGCCAAGUUAACACUUAUUUGAGUAGCUGAAUUAUUUUCUUAUUGGUGCUGGGGUGCCUAGCAGCAUUGCUUUAUGAGUAAUCCGUCACUUGGCUCUU